AUGUCAUUCAGCAGCAACAUGAAUAUCCCAAGUCACAACAAGAGUUACAAUGGCAACAUGUUCACCAAUAACAGUUACCUCAACUCGUCAGCUAUGAAUUCAGGUGUCCCCAUGCCUGGAAACUCGGCACAUCCAGGAUUGCAAUAUUUGCACGCGUUUCAGCAACCACAACAGCCAACGUCGCUACAUCCACAACAAACAACCCAAGAUUACUACACUGUGUCAUCGACAAAUAAUACGCUUUCUUCUGGCUCGGCAUCAUCAACAGCACCAACAUCUAUCAACGACAUGCCAUUGUCUGUGCAGCAGCAGCUGCAGCAGCUGCAACAACAACAACAGCAGCUGGUGUCUAAUCCUGGAGUAGUGAAGACAAUCAUGCCACAAAUGAUUUCCGGUACUGGUGCUUCAUCAAACCCACCUAUGCCACUCGAUCCAGCAGUUACCACCAAAUUUACCAACAACGAUAUACAAGUCCUACGUCAAUUGCUCAUAGCAGGUGAGAAAUUUAAGUGGAAACAAAUUACUAAAGAGAUAAACACAUCGACAAACCAUACACAACACGUCAUGGCGGCAAUGAACAAGAAUCUGCAACAUUUGCUGCAACUACAACAAAAUUCAAUUGCAUCUCACCACCUUCAACACCAGCAUCAACAACUGUACCACCACCACCACCAACAACAACGACAACAACAACAACAACAACAAAUGCAUCAGCAGCAAUUACUGUAUGAAUACCAACAGCAACAGCAACAACCACAACUUCAGAAUAGCAACAGCAUGCACAAGUCCAAUUCGAUGCAUCUGCCUUACAUGCCGAGCUCAGCACCCACCAAUUCAAUCCGACCCCAUCAGACCCUAAAUAUGCCACCUAAUCAUGCAACACCAGCUUCAAUAUCGCCCCACUCAAAUUCUCACUCACAUACACACCUUCCACCGCCUCCUCCAAACCCAGUUCCUUUGAAAAAUGUAAGUCCUACUUUUGUAAUGAAACAGUACCAGCAAUUACUUGGACUACCUAGUAAUAUGGUUUAUUUUGGAACUUUGGGCUCUAGUUUGCCAUAUGUCAUUGCUGCUAAUGGAUGGAGCGAUAUCGACCAAGAAGCUUAUAAUUAUCCGUUUAACUUGGAUGAUGAUGAGUAA